AUGUACGUCCGCCGACGAAACUCCUCACCCAUCACAUUGCACACUAACAACCACCUCACACAGGUCCGGAACCUCGAAGAACGGAUCAAAGUCGACAAUCUCAAAGAAGCGCUGUCCGAGAUCUUCUCCGAAUAUGGAAACAUCCUCGAGAUCGUGGCCAAGACGAACCUGAAGGCCAAGGGCCAGGCGUUCAUCGUCUUCGACAACGUCGAGUCCGCCACCCGCGCCAUUGAUGAGAUCAACGGGUUCGAGCUCUUCGAUAAGCCCAUGGUGCUGGACUAUGCGAAGACGCGCAGUGAUGCGACGGUCCUCCGCGAGGGGGGCGAGGAUGAACUAGAGGUUCAUAAGCGGAGGCGGUUGGCUGAGAAGGAACGCAAACAAGCGCACGAGGCCCUCGAAGCCCAAAAGAAACUCAAGCGGCCCCCCGGCGCCCCCGAAGCCGCCCGACCAGCCAAAACCGCCAAAGGCGCCGGCCUCAAACCGACCAGCGGCGCGGCCGCCGCCGUCAUCCCCGACGAGUACCUGCCGCCGAACAAAAUCCUGUUCCUGCGGGACCUGCCCGACAACGCCGACCAGGACAGUCUUACGGCGGUGUUUGGCCGCUUCGAGGGCUUCCAGGAGGUCAGACUGGUGCCGGGCCGGAAGGGUAUUGCUUUCGUCGAGUACGAGAACGAGUCGGGGGCUAUCAGUGCCAAGGAGGCGACCUCGGGCAUGCCGAUGGGGGAGCAAGGCAAGCCGAUCCGGGUCACGUACCAGAGACAAUAG